GUUCGAGCUAAAAGGAUGAAGCCUAUGCCUGCAGACUCUUGUCGCAAUGAUUCAGAGCUUGGUUCCAAACGUCAUUUCAGAAAAACUAGAACUGAUGAAGUAGAUUUGCGGGUGAUGAAGAAGCAUAAAAAGUCUUUAGCUGAGAUUAUUAUGCGUGGAAGCACUUCUGUAAGCCAAAAGGUUUCACCGUCUUCUCUGGGACCUGAGGAGAACAGGUCGGAAACUGAAAAGGAUUCUCUUCUAUCAUGUGGAAAUAAAAGGAAGAGACAGACCAUUCAAGAUGAUUGUGGAAGGGAUGUUUCGAAGUUUUUGGAUAGGAGUCAGAGGCGUUUAACAGAAGAGAACAGAUCAAGAUCAACACAUGGGGUGAAUAGUGUUCAAUUGGUUCAGCCCUCCAUUGCUACUUUAAACAGUAUAGAGACAGCUUCUGGUUGUGUUCAAAAGAUUAUCAGGGAGAAUUCCCCUUCAACUGAUAAUGAAUCCAUGGCUGCAUUGCUGUUGCUUAGUCACUUUAUAUCAGGGAUAACCACACAUACAUCAUCUAAGACUGCAGCCAAAGAUCCAUCAGUAUCUGUGUCAAAUGGUGAAAUCUCGUGUGGGAAAGAUGAAAAAGUGCCGCCUGCUUCAGGGUCUAUCGUGGAUCAAUCACGUGAAGAAUUUAACAUAAUCAAUGACGCUGGUUUACCUCAGGCGGAGCAAGCUGAAUCUGGGACUUCUGUAUGCGUUAUGAACGUGAAUCCAUCUGAGUUUAGCAUAGUAAAUGGUAAAAAAUAUAUGAGACGUGUUAAAGUCGUCCAGAAAUGAGGUAUAUGGAUUGCCAUGGAUAUCUAGUAUUUUAAUUUUAAAACGUAGGAAAACAUUAUGUGAACUUGGUUAACCUUGAAUGUUUUUCUGAUGACUUGUUUUCUUUACAACCAGAUAAUUUAGUUUAUAUCUUUCCAUACAA